AUGCAGACAUCGCAACCUGUGCCUUCGCUACGCCCUUUGCGGCCUUGGCCAGAUGGAGAUGGAGGAGAAGGUAAUCCUGGUGGGAGGAAGCCUAAUUCAAGGCUGCCCAAGAAACGCGUCGUGGUCGCGGAAGCGUGCAAGCUGUGUCGAAAGGUGAAAGUCAGGUGCAGCGGAACUCGUCCUCAGUGUCACCGAUGCGAACAUGUCAACGCCGAGUGCGAGUACAAUACAACAAACGUCGGAGAAACGCGAACCGAGGCGAAUAAACGCAGACUCAACGAACUAAGCCUCCACGAGGAGCUCGUUCAAAUUCUACGCACAAGAGACGAAAACACCCUCAGCUCUGUCCUGCAGCGUCUUAGAACUGGGCAGGAUGUCGGCGCUCUAGUGAGACUCGUACACGACGGGAAUCCGUAUAUCGACUCGCUUCUACACCGUCGGACCAUCGCCCACACGUCGAGUCCACAACCGAGUGAUUCUUCUCUUGGCCGUUUGAGAGUUUAUGACACUCCAUACCAUGCCGCAACUCUGGUGGAGCCUCGCCUCGAUCAUAUUGUCCAAAGUUUGCUCAAGACAUACUUCAAGUGGGAGUUUCCCUACAGCUGCUUCUUCCACCUUGACAGUUUCCUUGACGACUUGGUGUCAGGCCGGGAGAGAUACUGCUCUUCUCUCCUGGUCAAUGCAGUUCUUGCAACUGCAUGUCAUGGUCAACACGGACUACUUGACCGCUCCUCCUUUUGGAAGCCGCAGACUCUUGGCUACCAGUUCAUGACUGAAGCUAAACGGCUUUGGGAACUCGAGAGAGACUCGAGAAAACGCAUCACGACGCUCCAAGCUGGUGGUGUGAUAUGUGUCGCAUGCAACAUGGACGGCAUAGACAAAGUCGGGGCAUCCUACUUGGCUCAGUCGAUUGCCAUGGGCGUUGAUAUGGGACUCUUUUCCGGUACAUUUGAAUCACGGAGUUUGAGGCAGCGGACGGUGUAUGCCAUGACGGCCUGGAGUCUGUUCUCAUGGCAGGCUGUGCAGCGGUUUCAUUUCUACCUUGAGCCGUUAAUCCCAAACCCCCCGGUUUUUCAGUUACCGGUCGAUCUAGGAGAGAUAUUCGUCUUGUAUCCUCAAGCACAGUCGCCGGUACCCAUUCAGCACAGCUCAGUCUUUCGGGCAAUGGCUGAAUUUCGCACCAUCAUGAACGAGAUCGGAAACCGUACUUUUGGCCCCGGAAAGGCUCAAGGUCCCGUGAGCCUCGCUGAAGCUCUGAACUAUCGUGCUAGGCUUUUGGGAUGGAUGCAAUACCUACCGGCUGCUCUGUCGCCUGGUCAGAUUGUCCUUCCAACGCAGCUAAAGCUUCACAUGCAUCUCUAUAAUCUCAUGAUAAACUUGUUUGAGCCUUUGGUGGGCACUGUGCCCUUUGUUGAAAACAUGCCGUCUCCAGAAGAUAUCGUUACUUCAUCAAGGACAUGCAUGGAUUCCAUCAUUCGUCUUUACUACGUAAGACACGGCUUUGAGCACUGGGACACCAUGAUGGUCAUAUAUCUUCUCUUCCUGGGCUUCACUGCCCUAAAGACGUUGGCCGUUACCGACCGCGAGGACCACGACGCUGUCCUUUCCACUGUGGUGCUGUGCGCCAAAGGUCUCCGUGACCAGAGUCGAUGUUAUUACAUCGCCGAGGCCAUCUUCAUGGUGUUGCGGGAUAGCAUGGACCCUAGCUCUGCGCACCUUUUGAAGGACUUUGCCCAUAUCGAGCAUGAGGAGGAGAGGAAGCAGCUUGUGGCGACUCAGGUUCAAUCCGUCUUUCCCAUCAACAUCAUCAGCAUUGCCGAUGAUCCAGAGAAGCAGAGGCUAAGCAAACUGGUGGAGGCGUAUACGGGGCUUGGUUUGGAUAGUGGCGCCGAGUCUGCGUCUGAGGGAUCGUUUAACGGGUAA